GUGAGUACCUGUUACUUGGGUGACUGAGAAGAACCAGACCUCGGAGAUCUACAUGCUGACUGGGAAGGAACAAAUAAGGAACAAAUGGAGUUUGAUGAAGUUGCAGUUUAUUUCUCGGAGGAGGAGUGGGGCUGUUUAACUGAAGAACAAAAAGAUCUUUAUAAGGAUGUGAUGAUGGAGAAUUACCAGACCCUCAGGUCUCUAGGAUAUGUUCAUGCGAAACCUGUACUGGUUACAAAGAUUGAGCAUAGAGAGGAGCCGUAUGUGAGCAGUAUUCCAAUUACCAAAGGUGAAUUCACAAACUGCAGUUAUUCUGGUCAGAGUGCAGAUGCUUCUUUCAGUCUUCUCCUAAAUCAAAGAAACCACGUAGGAAAUGUAUGUUCUGAAUGUGGGAAAUGCUUUACAGAGAAAUCAUUUCUUUUUGACCACCUGAAAUCUCAUACAGGAAAGAAAGCAUUUUCAUGUUCUGUCUGUGGGAAAUGUUUUACUUCCAAAUCAGAUCUUAUUACCCAUCACAAAAUUCAUACAGGAGAAAACGAAUUUUCAUGUUCUGAAUGUGGUAAAUGUUUUACUCGGAAAUCAUAUCUUAUUAGGCAUCAGAAUAUUCACUCAGGAGAAAAAGCCUUUUCAUGUUCUGAAUGUGAGAAAUGUUUUACUCGGAAAUCAUAUCUUAUUAGGCAUCACAAAAUUCAUACAGAAGAAAAAGCAUUUUCAUGUUCUUACUGUGGGAAAUGUUUUACUCAGAAAUCAAAUCUUAUUGAACAUCAGAAAAUUCAUACAGGAGAGAAAGCAUUUUCAUGUUCUGAAUGUGGGAAAUGUUUUACUCGGAAAUCAUGCCUUAUUAGGCAUCACAAAGUUCACACAGGAGAUAAAGCAUUUUCAUGUUCUGACUGUGGGAAAUGUUUUACUCAGAAAUCAAAUCUUAUUGAACAUCAGAAAAUUCAUACAGGAGAGAAAGCAUUUUCAUGUUCUGAAUGUGGGAAAUGUUUUACUCGGAAACCAGAUCUUAUUGUGCAUCACAAAAUUCACACAGGAGAAAAGGCAUUUUCUUGUUCUGACUGUGGGAAAUGUUUUACUCACAAAUCAAAUCUUAUUGAUCAUCAAAAAAAUCAUACAGGCGAGAAGGCAUUUUCAUGUUCUGAAUGUGGGAAAUGUUUUAUUCGGAAAUCAUAUCUUAUUAUGCAUAACAAAAUUCACACAGGAGAAAAAGCAUUUUCAUGUUCUUACUGUGGGAAAUGUUUUACUUGGAAAUCAAAUCUUAUUGAUCAUCUGAAAAUUCAUACAGAAGAGAGAGAAUUUUCAUGUUCUGAAUGUGGAAAAUGCUUUUCUCAGAAAUCAUAUCUUAUUAUGCAUCACAAAAUUCACAAAGGAGAAAAAGCAUUUUCAUGUUCUGACUGUGGGAAAUGUUUUACUCGGAAAUCGACUCUUAUUGAUCAUCAGAAAAUUCACACAUGAUAGGAAGAAUUUUCAUGUUCUGACUGAGGAAAAUGUUUUACUCAGAAAUCAACUCUUAUUGAUCUUCAGAAAAUCCAUACAUGAGAGAAAGCAUUUUCAUGUACUGAAUGUGGAAAAUGUUUUACUCAUAAAUCAGAUCUUAUCAGACAUCAGAAAAUUCAUACAGGAGAGAAAGAAUUUUUGUGUUUUUAAUGUGUUAAAUGUUUUACUUAGAAAUCAAAUGUAUUACUCAUCAGAAAAUUCAUAUUAAAGGAAAUUAGAGCUUAACCUCUUAAGUGUAGAGGCACUUAGUCAUCAUCUGUACAAUGUAUAGAGGGCUGGUGAUGACUACAUGUGGUCCUCUGGUGGACGAUCUUUUGGAGCUGUUUUAGGAUCCCUCUGCAUCUCAAGUGGUUACAAGUUGGCCCAGUGUGUUAGUCAUCCCCAAGGGAAUCUGGGGGCCCUAUAUAGGUUUGAAUAGCUAAGUGAUCACCUGGCACAAAUAAAAUGUGUAUUUAUUCUGAAUUUAUAUUUAAUUUUCCUUAUUUUAGAAAGAUCACCUAAUGCAAUUAUAGAUCCACAAAAGUUUGGACUAUAUAGGUCAGAUAAAAACGUACAACUAUGUUUAUUAAAAUUGUAAUAAACAUAUGAAUUUGUUCAAAA